AUGAAGUCAUCGCGAUCACGUCCCGCUAUCAGUCAAACAUUUUCAUCUCGUCUUAAUCGUGGCGGUGAUAAAGUCAUCGCCACUGCACGACCAUCUGCACCAUGGGUUGCUGGAGCGUACUGUUUGCCUAUCGUGGGUCUCCGCAACGAUCUCAACGGUUCAGCGCUGCAGUAUAUUCGUCUGACGAACAUGUUUGAUGCCUUCAGUCCGUAUAUCUAUAAGAACAAGACCGGAGUGAUUGAGAUAAGUAGAGCGAUGAAGUUGCACAGAGAGGACAACUCAUUCACAGAACGUCAAUUUGACUUCAUCGUGAGAUUCAAGGUAGAACUGGAGGUGCAUCUCUCAAAUUACUUUGGAACACGAGUGAUGCUAGCGAUCUACGGUUCAACACUGAAUGGUUUUGGUACGUGUUCAUGCGAUGUUGAUUUGAGCUUAUCGUUCCCAGCAGGACCACCUAAAGGGAAAGUACUUGUUGGAGGUAGAGUGUGCCCAGAUCUGGUAAUGCGUGAAGUUGCUAAAGCAUUGGUGGAUUAUCCAAAUGCUCGAGAUGAGCAGUACAUCUGCGCUAAAGUGCCGAUCGUUAGAUUUCGUGGAAAAGAUAUGGAUAUCGAAGCUGAUAUAAGUUAUCGCAAUGACCUGGCACUACACAAUACGCAACUUCUCCGUCAGUAUUGCAAAUGGGAUGAAGAAAGGCUGCCCACAUUGGGCGUAUGGAUUAAGACGUGGGCCAAACGAUGUGGAGUUGGAGAUGCGUCGAAAGGUUCUCUAUCAUCUUACGCAUGGAUUCUAAUGUUGGUUCACUACCUGCAAAGAACUGAGCCAAUCAGAUUGCUGCCUUUCCUUCAAUAUGGCAUGCAUAACCCAUCAGAGGAUCAGUACGUGAAUGGAUGGAAUGUGGAUUUCUGGAAAUUUGUGGAUGUAGGCCAAUCGCAGCGCAUCGGUAUCAGCACGUACGAGUUGUUUGUUGGAUUUCUGGAUUAUUUUUCAAAUCAUUUCCAGUAUGAUAAGCACAUCGUCCAAGUGAAUACUCCUGGCAAUGUUGUGAAAAUGGGUCGAUGGUAUCGUUGUCCGCUUGUGAUUAGGGAUCCUUUUGAACUGGACCAUAAUCUGGCUCAAGGUGUUGACGAUGACAUGUUUCGAUAUAUCCGUUCGUGUAUGAAACAUUCUCGUCAAGUGUUUAUGGAUCAAAACUUGCGCGCAGAGUUCCUCGUUUCAAAGGGAUUCAGAAGAGGAACACACGAGAAAGUCCGCAUGAAUGAUGGCUUGCUGCGGGAAUAUGGAGCUCAUUUACUGCAUGCAUGUGUACCGGUCCAGCAACCUCCUGUGCGUCAGUUUAAUGACCGUGAUCGAACGAUGAGUUGCAGCACGAACACUAGCGCAUCCCAGUAG